UAGUAUAGUAACCGUCCUGAGUCACACUCCAAUCCAGAAGGUGGCGGUAAUGCACCUAAAAGCUGUUUGCCAACCGACAUCACAACAAACGAAGAAGAAAGGUUAGCUUGUUAUGUAGCCACCUAGCCGACGAGAGGGCUGCUAUUUAUUAUUUUUAAACAGUGCUUCUUCUUUAAGCCUAAUGUAACACUCGAUUAUACAUUUGAAAUUGUAUGCAGGUAUUGUCGUUCAUUUACUGGACCUGUUUUGUACAUAUUUUGGUGUGCCGUGACGUGAGUGGCGACAACCUGGACAUGUUAGCAGAGUAGCUAACUUACCUAAUUUACGUAGUGACAAGUGUUCCUCCAAGUGUCUGUACGUUAUGUAGCUGUCAAAAGCUGACCUUGUAUACACAGUCAGCUGAAGGACGGUUUACUCUGAAUUGGCUCUCUCAGAGACAUGGCGUCAACCAGGCUCCUGUGCUUGUUGAGCGCCAGAGCAGCAGGCUCGACCAAAACAUUAGCCAGGGCAGGGUGCAGUGUGUGCUUUAGAAGAAAUGUCUGCAGCUCACCUUCAAGACUGCAGAGCUGCAUGUCAGCCUGGGUCAUUGAUCAGUAUGGCACUAAUGGGGUGUUGAGGCGCACAGAAGAAAUCACCGUCCCCCUUGUCAGUUCACCCAGUGAGGUUAUGAUUCAAGUCCAUGCGGCUAGUCUCAACCCUCUUGAUAUAUCUAUGAGGGGUGGUUAUGGAGCUAAACUGCUUAAGUUAAGAAGGGAUCCAAUGUCUGUGAUGGGCACUGAUAGUGAAUUUCCUCUGAUCCUGGGUCGUGAUGUGUCUGGUAUAGUGGUGGACUGUGGAUCUGAGGUUACCCAUUUUGAACCAGGAGAUGAGGUGUGGGCUGCUGUUCCCCCAUGGAAACAAGGCAGCCUGGCAGAAUUUGUCACUCUAACAGAGUAUGAGGUUUCCCAUAAGCCAAAAUUAUUGAGUCACACAGAGGCAGCAUCCAUCCCUUAUGUAGCCAACACCGCUCUGUCUGCACUUGUCAAUGCAGGUGGUCUUUGCCGAGACAGCUCUUCCAAUAAAAGAGUUAUGAUCACCGGCGGAUCGGGAGGUGUUGGAACAUUCUCCAUUCAGCUAUUGAAGGCCUGGGGUGCCCAUGUAACCGUUACCUGCUCUCAGAAUGCAGAGGGCCUUGUUAGAGGGCUGGGGGCCGACGAGGUUGUGGACUACACAGCAGGAGAUGUGGCUGACCAGCUAGAAAUAAUGGAGAAGUUUGACGUGAUUAUCGACUGCGUGGGUGGUGAUACAGAGCGGUGGGCGAUGGGUCUGCUGAAGCCCUGGUCUGGGGCAAAGUACAUCACACUAGUAACACCUUUACUCCUCAACACCGAUUCCAUGGGCCUGCUGAAUGGGACCUUUAAUGCUGUAUUUACCCUGCACAGCAAGGCCGUACAGAAUAUAAUAUCAAAUGGAGUCUUCUACCGCUGGGGAUUUUAUGCUCCAGAUGGGCCCGCCCUGGACGAGGUCAGCAAGCUGGUGGACGCGGGGAAGAUCCUGCCAGUUGUGGAAGCGCAGUUUCCAUUUACCCAAGUGCCGCAGGCUUUUCAGAAGUUGGAGCAAGGCCACGCCAGAGGGAAGACGGUAGUCAGGGUGGCAGACGAGGACGACAGACAGGCUGAAGAGCUGGUGCAGAACAGUCGCACAGAGACUGCAGAGUCAGAGCAAGAAGUGCAAGAAACGGCAACGCAAAACUAGAGACAGACAGAAAGAUUCUUCUCUCUUCUCACUUCUCACUCUUUGACAGCAGCAGACUGUAUCAUCCAGAGAUCAGAGCUCCUGCUGUUGUGCUGCAGACUACAAGCGUGACCUGAACUUGUAAUGGGAGUGUGCCAGAGGCUGCUGUUCUUGUUAAAGCUUAAACCCUCCUGCACUGUCUUGAUGUUUUCAUAAAGGUGCUUGAGUUAUGCUGCGUUGACGUCAUGGUGAAGUUACUAAAAUUGCAAACUGCGGACUAAUAAAUACCAUUCAAGUCAGCAUCCAACUGGUAAUAACAACCAGGCUUUUGGCAGUUUGACUGAUUGCUGCAAUCUGUGUAGCAGUUACAUGAAAGUACAUGACAGUCAGCUGGAAAUGUUGUUAUCAAUAGAAGUUAAUGAGAUACCAGGCGAUGCAGAAGCAGCACUGUAAGACAGGUAGCAAUUUGUAUUCUGUUGCAUCUGCACUUGUUGGGUUGUUUGACAGUUUCCAUGAGCACUUGCGCGUUGUUACAUGGAAAUCUUCCCCAUUGUCACAUUGCAUCUCACAUCGCGCAUAAUGUGAAUGCAGAAUACAGUAAGUGAGCUGAACACAAUGAAACCCUCCAAUAUAAACUACUUUUGCAUCAAGUUGAACAUCAAGUGCAAAUCAAUCUACUGUAAAAAUGUAUUUAAUACAUUUAUUGACAAAAAUACAUAUUCUGAAAACAACAAUGUGUGUCAUAUAGGUUUGCACAGAAUAAAGAGACAAUGUGCUAA